AAGCAAAGUACAUCAACUAGUUUGCUGCCUGUAACCGAAUUCAAAUACGCACUUUUUUUCUACGAAGCGAUGUCAGUUAUUCUUUCAUUGUGAACAUCUACUUUAGUCACAACAUUAUCGAAUGUUACGAUUUUUCAAUAUCAUCUUUAAAAUAAGAUCUGCAAAUGAGUCAAAGCGCAGUAAAAACGUGGUUGAUGCGUGGUGAGCUGGAGAAACUCGAAAAUAUUGUAUUAGAAGGUCGGGGUACGCGUUUACUAGGAGAGCAAUCACCAGAUAUAAAAACAAGAGUAUUUCUCAAAGGACUUCCAAAUUACUUGACUAAAAUAAAUGCCAUUCAUGAUGCUGUUACUAGAGGAUCUUUAUCUGAAGUGAAAAAAAAAAUUCUAGAAGAACCUAAAAAAAAAUAUGCUGUUGCCAAGGAUUCAUCAGGAAUACCAUUACUUCAUAAAGCCGUUUAUUAUGAUCAUCCAGAUAUAGUAGAGUGGCUGAUUCACAACUAUCCAAAUACUGCCAAACAGGAGGAUCGGGAAGGAAGAACAGCAUUACACUACUGCAGCUCUUGCAAAGAUCCUGAAACGAUUUGGGAUUUCCUUAUUCGAGGAGGGUGCGACGCAAGUAUUUGUGAUAAAAAAGGUCAUCCUGCUGCUUAUUAUUUGAGUCAUCCUUCAGAAAUAGAAUUGCCACAAUCAGGAAAAAUGAAUGAGAAGAAACAUAGCAAUGGCAAGAGUGAAACAUUGGAUUUUAAACCAUCAAAUAUACGAAUUUGGAUUCACAAUCGUGAUAUUGGGAAAUUACAACAAGUUAUUUGGGAAGGUCACGGUUCAAAACUUCAAAGAGAAAUUAGUAACAACCCUAAAAUUCGAAAAUUUCUUGAAGCAGUUCCUUUUAUUAUGGUGUCGAUAAAACAAAUUCACAGUGCAGUAGUAAAAAAUGAUAUAGACACAUUUUUAAAGAAAAUAGAAGAUCCAGUUUCACCAAUAAUUCUCAGUGCUAAAGAUAGUAAUGGAUUGACUAUUUUACAUAAGGCUGUAGGACUAGGACAUAUAGAUAUAGCCAAAGAAAUAGUACAAAGAUAUUCAGUUAUUGUAACUGCAACAGACAAUGAUGGCAAAACUCCAUUACAUUAUGCUGCAGCUUUGAAGGACAGUGGUGCUAUGUAUGAUCUUUUGGUAGAAUACGGAGCAGAUGAAAGCAAACUGGAUAGCAAACAAAAAGCAGCUGCUUUCUACAAAAACCGACCCGGUGAUAUUGACAUAUCGACCCUAAUGAGAAUACCUGAUGCACCUAGAGUAUCUGGUACGAAUUAUCCAAAAAAUUGGGAUUGGAAAAUUCUGGAAACAGCUGAUUCUUUAACGAAGGCACCAAAAAAACGUCGUCCUCCAGUUUCUGAUAGUUCUGAAGAUAUUGCUGAUGUUUCCAAUACUGAAGGAAAUGAUACUACUGAUGUUACUAUAACUGAAGACGACAGUGCUUUCGGUAGUGCCGAAAGUCCUAUGAAGACUGAGGAAAGCUCAGAUAUGGUUUUUGGGGAAUUGAAGAAUGAUAACGUUGAACGUAAUAACGAAAAUCCAGAAAUUGACGCAGAGGAGAGAAAAGAUAACGUUGUAGCAGAAGAAGAACAAACAAAUGAUGAAGAAGAUGAAGUAGUUGUAGGUGACACGGGUAUUCAUGAAAAUCAUGAAGAAGCUGUGGAAGAUCAUUCUGAUGACGAAGAAGACGAUGAGGAAGUAGUUGAAAAUCAUGAGAAAAAUGAGGAAGAAGAGUUGGAAACGAAAGAAAAAAAUUCAGAACCCGAAGACAAUGAAAACAAAAAUCUAGAAGAGGAUGAUGAAGAAAACAAAGGGCUCAGCACUGGAGAUUCUGGCGUUGAUGAAACAAGAAGCAACGAGGACCAGGUUAUUAUUGGUGAACAUGAAGAAUUGCCAGAAGCAGAUUUAACCGAAGGCAUCAUGCUUGACGAUCCGGAAGUCGAAAACUUACUGGUAAACGGCAACAUGGAACAGCUAGCAGCAUUAGUAUUAAAUGGAGAAGGCAGACGUCUUAUUGGCCGUCAAUCGGGUAAUCCUGAACUUCAAGCAUUUAUCGAUAAUGUUUCAUCUUACGUGGGAAAAAUAAAUGCGGUUCAUAUUGCCGCAAGAGAAGGAAAUCUUAGAGGUCUUCAAAAUGCCCUCGAUCGUCGUAAAUUUGCCAUUGCACGGGAUAGUGUUUCUCCGCAUGGUGCAACUCCUCUUCAUGUUGCUGUUAUUUUUGGCCACACAGCAAUCAUAAGAUAUCUAGCUGGACGAUUUCCCGAGACAGUUCAUGCUGUUGAUAUCGAUGGGAGAACUCCAUUACACUAUGCUGCUACACUUGCUGAUAAUGGACAUUAUUAUAAUCUUCUUUUACAUCUAGGUGCAAAUCCAUUAAUAAAAGACAAUUUUGAACAAAAAGCUGAUUAUUAUAAAGAACAUCAAGAUGAUCUGUCGCACAAACGCCUUCUUCGUGACUUCGGUGAACGAGAAGAACUUGCUGAUGAAAUGCUUGCAGAUAAAGACAUCCAUAGCACAAGUUUGCCAAUAUUUCGUGAAGAAGAAGGACGAUAUUUAGCAUCGUCUUUAGGUACUCCUUUAAUAAAAGGAUUAACUGAAGUAGCACAUAAAAGGCCAAAAAAUCCUGUGACUUAUUUAGCAACUUAUUUGAAUAAUUUUGCAACUGAACAAGAAGAAUUCCCCUCAGAGAAAAGUGAUGUUUUGAUCAUACCUGAAUCUAGACAAGAAAAUUAUGAAUCAAAUAAUGAUGAACAUCAAAGUGAUGAAGAAGACGACGCCGGAUAUCCACGAAGUCCUGAGUCUAAUGCUCCUGAGUCAGCAUUUAAUACCACAAAUAGGGAUGAACAUGGUCAAACAAUAAUUCACUUCUCAGCUAUUCGAACACAUCCCAAAGAUGGAUUAUUUAAUAUCUUACAAGAACGUCAAGUAAAUAUUGGCUAUCGAGAUGAGUUAUAUCGAACAGCUCGAGAUGUAGCUGAAGAUGCUAACUUUCAAGAAAAUGUUGAUGAUAUUGAUCGUUAUGUGGUUUAUUUAGCAGCAAGAGGGGAAACUGAAAAAUUAGUUGAACUCUUGUUGGAAGGCUAUGAUCAUAUUUUGGAUACUGAAGAUGGUGGUGUAAAUAUCAUUGAUGUUGCAGCUGAACGAAAUCGUGAAUCUACUGUCCAAUUUUUACAAUCAAUCCCAAAAUAUGUGACACAACAAGAAAAACUUCAUCGUGCCAUUCGAAGAGGAGAUCUAGAGGCGGCAAAAAAAAUUUUCGAAUCCAAUGGUGGAGGUGGAACUCUUUUUGCUAUUGGUAAAAAUACUCUUGGAAGAUGUUCACUUCAUAUUGCAAUAUUGUGUGAACAUGUGGAGAUCGUUGAAUAUAUUUCAACAAAUUAUCGGGGAACGCUUCGAAUUGGCGAUAACCUUGAAAGAACAGCACUCCAUUAUGCAAUGGGCGUACCAUCUGUAGAAACAUUGAGCAAUAUUUUAAUAAAUGCCGGAGCAAAAAGAGUACAUAAAGACUUAAAAUCGCGACAGCCUUCUUAUUAUUUUAUGAAUAAAACGGAUAUAGAAAGACUUCAGGAUGAAGAGCAAACAAUGGCUAAAUGAAAAAAUAUUUUUUACGAAAUUUAAUAGAUAUUGGAGUAAAAAUAUUCAUAUUGAUAUAUUGAAUAGUUAAAAAAAUAUUUUAAUUUAUCAAUA